AUGAGUUCUUAGUGCUUAUUCUAAAGACAUUCAGUCAAGAAGCUAGUUUAGAGCUUCAAAGAAAAUCCUUCCAAGUAUUCCGAGUUUGUUGAUGAGACUCUUGAGAGAAUGAAACUUUCAGAGCAUCUUAAUAUUUUCAGCUAUCAAACAAAAGAUCAGAUCAAGAAAUCUGUAGCUGAAGUGACAAAACUGUAUCGUAAUGGUGAAUAAAGGCCUUUAGAGGGAAUAAUAAUUGGUCUGAAAGACAAUAUCAGCGCAGCUGGAUAUCCGUGCUAUGGAGGAAGCAAGGCUUUUAAAUCUAACAUAGCAAAGUAUGAUUGCAAUCUCUGGUCUAAACUUAAAAUUCAUGGAGCAAUUAAUGGUGGAGGCUUGAUUAUGCAUGAGUUAGCUUAUGGUGUAAGCACUUUGAAUGCUCACUUUGGAAAAGUAAGAAAUCCCUAUGAUUCAGAGAGAUCAGUUGGGGGUUCAAGUGGCGGAAGUGGAGCAGUUGUUGGAUCUGGAGUAUUACCUAUAUCGUUGGGAACAGACACUGGAGGUUCAAUCAGAAUACCAGCUACAUGGAAUGGAGUUGUUGGAUACAGACCUACUAUCGGCAGAUGGUUUCCUAACUACGGAAUUAAGAUGACUAAUACAUUAGACACUAUUGGCCCUAUAGCUACUUGCAUGGAUGAUAUUCUCUUAGUAGACUAAUUAGUAACUGGAUAAGAGCAUGAAUAGAUUCAAAAUUCUUAAUCCCUAAGAAUUGGAAUAGCAAAUCCAGAAAAUUUUGAUAACCUUGAUCCAGAAGUUAAAACUAGAGUGGAUCAGGCUAUUGAUAAACUGAAAGCAAAAGAUGGCAUUGAAUUCGUUCAAACAGAUGAUUAGGUCAAUUUCCCUACAGUAUUCCUAACCUCAACACUUCUCAAAAUUAUCAAUCUUGAAAUGCCAAACAUCAUAAAGUAAUAUAUUGAAUAGAAUAAUCUGAAUAUAACUCUGUAAGAUAUAGGUGACAAUAUUGAAUCCUUAGAUGUAAAAGAUCUUUUUAUUGACUUUGCUAUUAAAAACCCUAAACCACAUUCAGAAUUAGUUCGUUUAAUCAAUGGAAGUAGAUAGGCUGUUUUAAAAGAAGUUCAUAGUUAUUUCAAGAGAAAUAGAUUAGAUGCUAUAAUUUAUCCUUCAGUCAAAUGUCUACCCUUUAGAUUUGAUGAUUACAAUCCCUAAGAUCAUUCAGUUAGUCACAAUGGUAGCAGAAUGAAUUAGCUUGAUAUUACGUUUCAAAAUUCAGUACUAGGAUCUAUCGUUAAUGGACCUUGUGUAACUUUGCCUAUUCAAACUGUAAAAGGCAAUCUACCAGUCGGACUUGAAAUUUAAUCCCUUACUGGUGAUGACAAGAAACUUUUAGCUAUUGCCAAAUACAUUGAAGAUGUUCUUAUUUGA